GACCCGGAGGCGACGCCGACGCGUGACGUAUGACAACAACAGGAAGACGGCACGCACGUUGCUGGUGAUGGCUCGGCAGGCGUCAAAGGGGCGGUACCUGCGGGCGUUCGUCAGCGGCUUCUUUGUCGCUGUUCCCGUCACGGUCACUGUCCUGGAUCGAUUCGCCUACGUGGCACGAGUGGAGGGAGCGUCCAUGCAGCCGUCCCUGAACCCAGAUGGAGGGUCUGAGUGUGACGUCGUCCUACUGAACCGCUGGAGUGUGAGGAACUAUCAGGUCCAACGAGGGGACAUCGUCUCCGUCCUGUCCCCGAGGAACCCCCAGCAGAAGAUCAUCAAGCGGGUCAUUGGCCUGGAGGGAGACUUCAUCAGGACUCUGGGUUAUAAGAACCGAUAUGUGCGAGUCCCUGACGGUCACUUCUGGAUCGAGGGGGAUCAUCACGGACACAGUCUGGACAGCAACAGCUUCGGACCGGUGUCCGUUGGGCUGCUCCAUGGCCGGGCCUCUCACAUCAUCUGGCCUCCGAAUCGUUGGCAGCAAAUCCAACCGCGUCUCCCCAAGAACCGAGGACCGCUGGACACCGAGGAAGAGGAUGAAUGAAGACACAUACGGACAUAUAUUUUU